CCCCCACUACGGAAGCUCCCGAGGCUCAGUAACCUGCGCUUUGGACCGGGCGUCUCGCGUGCGCAGCGCGAAGAGUCGAGGAUCUGAGGAUGGCAUGGCUUUGAUCGCUCUGCGCAGGAGCUUUCCUCCUCCGUCUAGUUUUCGGGGCUCUGGAGCUCUGGCUGCUGCUGCGAGGAACCACCAACCUGCAAAUCCUGGCCCUGCGGUCCCCCUGGAUUCCCGGCAUCUUUGGCUCUGCUCGCUACUACAACGUGGGCCUUCCAGGGUCCGGUUCCAUCAUGCUCUCUGUAAGAAAUUCCAUUCGGAAAAUGGCAAGGACCUGCAGCCCGCUGGCGAGCGGGUGCUCUCCCCGGUGCGCAACUGGGAUGCGCUGAAACGGGAUCUUAAAAAGGAGAACGAAAAGGCAUUCUGCAGGAGACUGAACAGCUGCACCUCCUCAGAAGAGCUGUUAGGCGUCGUGAACACACUGGAAACACUGCCCGACACCCUGGCCGCCGCAGCUUUGCAGCGCAUUUGUGAAGUGGAAAGAAGGCCAAGUGAUCAAAGGCUGCCCAAAGAAAUCCUAGAGCAUAGUGCCUUCCAAGCUCUGUGCUUCCGGUUUGAGCGAGCACCCUCGGACCUGUCCAACGCAGCCUUGGUGACUGGCCUGCGAGCGCUCAUUCUGCUGCACGUGGAUCCUCAGAGUCGCCUCAUAAUAAAUUUGGUGGCAGAAUGCCACAAUCGUCUCAGAAGAGGUGGCCUGGAAAGCCACAAUCUUUGUAUUCUUGGAGAAAGUUUGAUUAGACUACAAGGUGCAGCUUGCAUGAUGCUUGAACUGAUUUUAUGCCAACUGCGGGGUAAAAAAUUGGAAACAUUUACUCCAGAGGAUACUGUGGCCAUCUACAGAAUACUGCAGGCAUGUCCUGAAAAAGCAGACCAACAUCAAACAUUUUUAAAUGCAAUAAACAACUUUGCUCCUUCCAUAGUUUCCCAUCUGAGUCCUAAAUCAAUCAGUCAAAUACUCACUGCGCUGGUAGUUCUUGAUCAAACACAGGCAAUGCCUCUGGUUAUAAAACUGGGCAAAUCUGUUGUUCGGUACAUUCCGUAUUUCACAAAUGAAGAGCUCAGAAAGGUCUUGGAGGCCUUCAUAUACUUUGGACACUAUGACAGGUUUUUUAUGAGAGCCCUAGAGCAACACAUAGCUUCACUCUGCCUCACCCUGGAUCCUGCGGUCACCAGCACAGUGAUGGAGUACUGCAGUAAAAAACUGAUUCUUUCAAAACCUAUUCUCAAUGCAGUGGCAGAAAAUUUUGUUUGCCAGUCAGAGAAAUUUUCACCUACUCAGAUUGCUGAACUAAUUGAACCAUUUGGAAAACUCAAUUAUCUGCCGCCAAACGCCACUGCUUUAUUUACAAAGCUGGAAAAUGUGCUGUCCACUCGUUUCAGUUCUUUUCCACCCAAAACACUGUUGAGACUUCUGCACUCGUGUUCUCUCAUAGAAUGCCAUCCAGUCAACUUCAUGGCCCGACUCUUCAGCCCCAUUUUUCUUCAACAGCUCCAAGGUGGACAAUUGUACCUGGACAGAUUGAGUCUGGCCCGGCUGACCCAGCUUUUCAUGACCUCCGUCCUAGAGUGCCCUUUCUAUAAGGGUCCGAAACUUCUUCCUAGGUAUCAAGUGAAAUCAUUUUUAACUCCCUGCUGCUCCCUGGAGACCCCGAUGGAUUUUCCUCUUUAUAAGUCCGUGAUGAUGGGACUGAUUGACCUUUUAGGGUCAAGAUUGUAUUUCGCUUCAAAAGUGUUGACACCUUACUGUUACACCAUAGAUGUUGAAAUUAAGUUAGAUGAGGAAGGAUUUGCGCUGCCAUUCACAGCUGAUGAGGAGGUCCAUAAAAGGGUAGCACUGUGCAUUGAUGGUCCAAAAAGAUUUUGCUCUGACAGCAAACACCUACUAGGGAAAGAAGCGAUUAAGCAGAGACACCUACAGCUACUCGGCUACCAAGUUGUUCAGGUCCCGUGCCAUGACGUGGAGAUGCUGAAGUCCAGACUGGAGGUGGUGGAAUAUUUACAAAGGAAAAUAUUUGCCCAGAACUCUGCUAUUAAGUGGUAACAGGAAGGAUUUCUGGCUCCUGACUCAGAGUGAAAGAAUUUGUGGGGUUUUUGUUGUUUGUUUUUGUGCUGGUUCCGGGGCUUGACACUCGGGUCUUGGAUGCUUU